AAUAACUCCGUCCCGACGCCGACGCUACACGUUCAACAUCUCGACGCCUCGACGCGGAUUACCCGCGAAAAAAUCAUCGUGAAAAUGUGCUUGUAAGUGACUAAAAUUUUCCAGUGGAUUACCGUUUUGUAGCUAAGGUGAUUUAGUGUCCGUUGAUUGUUAAAAAAUUUGGUACCACAUCGCAAUGGUAAAGACAUCACCAAAAAUAACCAUCUCGGAAAUAAUGAUGUCUAGCAGUUUCAAAUCAUCCAACCAACCGCUGACGAAAAGAUAACCAAAACAUGACCGAGUCUUAGAUAGCCCCACGCACACGAUGCUAGACAUUUUUAGAGGCCUAAAGGCUCUAAUACGGGUCAGUCACAUACACAUCGACUCGCCGAUAUUUAGGCUACACUAUUCAUUGACUUCGAGCAUAUUGAUAGCUUUUAGCCUGAUUGUGACUACCAGGCAGUACGUGGGGAAUCCGAUAGAUUGUAUCCAUACGAAGGAUAUUCCUGAGGAUGUUUUUAAUACGUUCUGUUGGAUACAUUCGACGUUCACGGUGGCAACUAAUAAACAGGAACCUGUGGCGAAUAUGUAUCUGCCUGGUAUCAGGACCUCGCACGAUGACAAGGAUAAGAAGUUGUACAAGUAUUACCAGUGGGUGUGUUUUUGCUUAUUUUUUCAAGAAAGCUUUGACAAAAAUCUUCCUACGAAGUGGUGGUCGUUGGACCUUGUACAAAACUUUACCAAAGCAAAAUCUCCAGCGCAUGUCCAAAUCGCUGAAAUCUUCUGGAUCAAGAUUCUCCUCACUAGCUAGAGAAACAAAAU